CAUGGCCGGGAAGACUUUGACCAGCUUUGAGACUUUGAGUCUUCGAUCUUUGUCUCAUCCAUCCAUACUACGGGCCAUCCAGCCCCUUGAUUACAAAAUCUCACUCCACACCACAUGUGAACACACCAAAUCCAAGAACACCGCCGCACAAAAUGGCAAAAUUCGGCACCUACGGCUACAAUCCUCUCCUCCGAUUAUCGCUCGUCCUUCUACUACUCGCCUCCAAUUCGAUCUCCGAUUCGACGGCGCAGCUCCCCAACGCCGGCGAUCUCGCCAAGCUCCGUACCAUCGCAAAAGACUGGGGCAGCCCGGCGGCGCUGAGCCCAUGGGCCGCAGGCAACUGGACCGGCGUUACCUGCAACAGCAAUGGCCAGGUCACCGCCCUGUCCUUAACGAAGCUCCACGUAGGCAACCCGAUCCCGGCGGCCUCCAUCUGCAGCCUCGAGCAGCUCUCCUCCUUGGACGCCUCCUACAACAACCUCACGGGCGAGUUCCCCACGGCGCUCUACGGCUGCUCGGCGCUGCAGUUCCUCGACCUGUCAAACAAUCAGCUCGCCGGCAGCCUCCCGCGCGACAUCAACAAACUGUCGUCGGAGAUGCUGCACCUCAACCUGUCGGCCAAUGGCUUCGUCGGCCAGGUUCCGUCGGCCAUUGCGGGAUUCCCCAAGCUCAAGUCGCUGCUGCUUGACACUAAUGGCUUCAAUGGCAGCUACCCGGCCGAGGCCAUUGGGCAGCUGCCGGAGCUUGAGACACUGACGCUGGCGAACAACCCGUUCGCGCCGGGGCCUAUCCCCGACGCGUUCGGCAAGCUGACUAAGCUGACACUCCUGUGGCUGUCGGGGAUGAACCUGACCGGCAGAAUCCCCAGCAGCCUGUCGGCGCUCACGGAGCUCUCGAUCCUGGACAUGUCCGUGAACAAGUUGCAGGGCGAAAUCCCCGAGUGGAUAUGGAAGCUUCAGAAGCUCCAGUACAUAUACUUGUUCGCCAACAAAUUCACCGGCCGGAUCGGGCCGUUCGACGCCGCCGCGAGCAUGCUCCAGCUCGACCUGUCAAGCAACAGGCUCACCGGACCCAUACACGAGACCAUCGGCAGCAUGAAGAACCUGAGCUUGCUGUUUCUGUACUACAACUACAUCGCCGGGCCGAUCCCGGCGAGCCUCGGGCUGCUCCCGAACCUCGCCGACAUCCGGCUUUUCGAUAACAAGCUCUCGGGCCCUCUGCCGCCGGAGCUCGGGAAGCACUCCCCGCUGGGAAACUUCGAGGUCUCCAACAACCUCCUCUCAGGGGAGCUGCCGGAGACGCUCUGCGCCAACAAGCAGCUAUUCGACCUGGUGGUGUUCGGCAACGGAUUCUCCGGCGCGUUCCCGGCGAGCCUCGGGGACUGCGACACGCUGGACAACAUCAUGGCGCACUACAACCGCUUCGUCGGCGAUUUCCCGGAGAAGAUAUGGUCGUUCCCGAAGCUCACCACCGUCCAGAUUCACGACAACAGCUUCACCGGCACUCUGCCCGCGAACAUAUCGCCGUUGAUCUCAAGGAUCGAAAUGGAGAACAACAAAUUCUCCGGUGCCGUCCCGACGUCUGCGCCGGGGCUCAAGGUGUUUUGGGCGCAGAAUAACUUGUUCUCCGGCGAGUUGCCGAGGAACAUGAGUGGGCUCUCCAACCUCACCGACCUCAACCUCUCCGGGAACCGUAUAUCAGGCUCGAUUCCGGCGUCCAUCCAGUUAUUGGGAAGGCUGAAUUACCUCGUCCUGAGCAAUAACGAGAUAUCUGGGCCGAUUCCGGCCGAGAUUGGGUCUCUGCCGGCGCUCAACAGCCUUGAGCUCUCUAACAACGAGCUCACGGGUACCAUACCGCCGGAAUUCGGGAACCUACAUCUCAAUCUUCUCAACCUUUCUGACAACGCGCUCACUGGCGAAGUCCCGCCGUUGCUGCAAAACCCGGCAUACGAACAGAGCUUCCUCGGGAACCCUCUGCUCUGCGCCCGCGCCAACGUGAACAAGAAGAUGAAUCUUCGGGCGUGCGAGGACGGCUCCAGCCGUAAUGGCAAGUUAUCCAUGGAACUAACCAUCGUCUUCUCCUUGCUCGCCUUGUUGGCGUUGGUCGGCGCCGUGGCGACCGGGUGUUUAAUAAUCCGGCGGCAGAAGCAGAGGAAGGAAGACGAUCUGAUCGUGUGGAAGAUGACCCCGUUCCGCGCCGUGGAGUUCUCGGAGCGCGACGUCGUGACCGGCCUCCGGGAGGAGAACGUGAUCGGCAGCGGCGGCUUCGGCAAGGUGUACCGCGUGCUCCUCCCGGGCGGCGCCAAGGACGCCGGGGCUGGAGCUGUGGUGGCCGUGAAGAAGCUGUGGAAUGCCGCGGGGAAGAAGUCGGACGCGAAGCUGGACAAGGAGUUCGAGUCGGAGGUGCGGAUCCUGGGCGACAUCCGGCACAACAACAUCGUGAGCCUCCUCUGCUGCAUCUCGGGCGGCGCCACGAAGCUGCUGGUGUACGAGUACAUGGAGAACGGCAGCCUCGACCGCUGGCUGCACCGCCGGGAGCGCGGGGGGGCGCCCCUCGCGCCGCUGGACUGGCCCACGCGGCUGGCCGUCGCCAUUGACGCCGCCAGAGGGCUCAGCUACAUGCACCACGAGAGCGCGCAGCCCAUCAUGCACCGGGAUGUGAAGUCGAGUAAUAUCUUGCUUGAUCCGGGCUUUCGAGCAAAGAUCGCCGAUUUUGGGCUUGCGAGGAUGCUCGUCAAGUCCGGCGAGCCCGAGGCCCUGUCCGCCAUCGGCGGCACCUUCGGCUACAUGGCCCCAGAGUAUGGGUACAGGGCAAAGGUGAACGAGAAGGUGGACGUGUACAGCUUCGGCGUGGUUUUGCUCGAGCUGACGACUGGCCGGGUGGCGAACGACGGCGGCGCGGACUGCUGCCUUGCGGAAUGGGCGUGGCGGCGGUACAAGGCUGGCGGGCAGAUGCGCGACGCCAUCGACGCCGACAUUGUCCGGGGCGGGGCAUUCUUCUUGGAUGACGUGGUGUCAGUGUUCAUGCUCGGGGUGAUCUGCACCGGGGACGACCCGGCGUCGCGGCCGUCCAUGAAGGAGGUUCUGGACCAGCUCCUCGGAUAUGACCGCACCUCCAGCGUGGCUAGCGCGUGCCGGGACGAAUACGGCAAGGAAGAUGGCGUGGUGCAAAAGGGUCGUUACGAGGCGAACAAGAAAGGAGAUAUGCAGGGGAAGGACGUGAUGGAGGCCCGUGCGGCGUGGAGCGGCGGUGAGGAGGACAGCGGCAACUUCGUGGCGCAUCCCGUUUAAAGGCGUGUAUGCCGUAAAUUGUGUCUGGUAGGAGUAGCUAGGCGGCGGUGUUUCGAGGCGCCAUCGGCGGCGCGGACUUCUGCUGCGGAUCCACGCCAUCGGCGGGGCGGCCUGUGACUGGCUUCUCCAGCGGCGCAGGGACGGCCUGGGGUGGCGCGAUCUGGGUUCGUGGUGCGGUGGCUGGUCCUGCAGCGGGGCGGCGUGCCUUGGCGGAUCUCCGCCAUCAGCUGGUGGCGGCGGAUGUGCUGGCUGCGGCCGCCGUCCGGGCCGGGCAACGGAGGGCUCUCGCCGUCGGAUCUAGUGGCUUGCGUUGUCGCCGGCUUUGGAGAAGGCGUGAUGUCAUGGUGUGGGUAUGGUACCGGGGUAAACCCAUGCUCUGGAGAAGGCGGUGACGUCCUUGGACGUCUCUACCCUUAUUUAAGGCGUUGUCGAGGUACAUCCACAUCACCCCCGAUCUUGGUUACCGGGCAAAAACCCAAAGUCAUCAGACUGCGCGGUGGCGGCGCUAGUGGCGUCGCUCUCCCUCUUAGGGCAUCGUUGUUGGGAACACUAGAUUUGCGGGUUGGUGUGUCUUGGUUGGUGGAUCCUUGUUGGGCGUGUGCUUGCCUCUGGAUUGCGUCAUCGAUGAGGUGUGGCAAGGUCAAUGAUUCGAUCAUAGUCUUAAAAAUGGGUAGGUGGAAGCGGUGGCGGCUGAAUCUGCAGCAUGUGCAUAUGGCGCACGCUGUGGAUUUGCUGAACUGGUUGUGCCUUCGUGGCCUCCGGAUUUGUUGUUAGAGGGUGGUAUGCGGUCAGGACAUACGGCCCCGAGGUCACCCCUUUCAUUGGGCUUGUAGACAUAGAUUGGUGGUUUUGGAUUGUUUUGAUCGUUGUAUUUAUUUUGUCAGGUUUGCUAAUAAAUAAAUAAUAUUUCGUUGUGUACA